GAAAGUGAGCGGAGAUCAGGGAAGUCCUGGAUAGUUUUGAGUCAUUAAUAUUGAUGGUAUCCACAUUUUAGCUCCAGACCUGGUCCUGACCUGGAGCGCUUCUGAGCGAGGACGCAGACAUGUGGUUUCUUCUGCUCACAGUGCCAAUAGGAGCGUAUUUCAUCUUCUACAGGAUCUUUGUGCACAGGAAGACCUUUACUAAUGCAGUGACUCUCUACGGGAAGACGGUGAUAGUCACAGGCAGUAAUACAGGCAUUGGCAAGGCUACAGCGUUGGCUUUGGCACUAAGGGGCGCGAGAGUGAUCCUGGCCUGCAGAAGCAAGCAGAGGGGAGAAGAUGCAGUGCGAGACAUCAGGAGGGAAAGUGGGAACGAUGAGGUGGUUUUUAUGCCUCUGGAUCUGGCCAGUAUGAAGUCUGUCUGCUCUUUCACUGAGACCUUUCUAAAGUCUGAGAGCAGGCUUGAUCUGCUCAUCAACAAUGCAGGACUCGCUGCACCAGGGUGCACGGAAGAUGGCCUUGGCCUAGUCUUAGGUGUCAAUCACAUCGGCCCAUUCCUGUUGACCAAUUUGCUUUUGGACCGUUUAAAGGAAUGUGCCCCAAGCCGAGUGAUCAACGUUUCUUCCGUUGGCCAUGACUUAGGAACCAUUGAUUUCAACUGCAUCAAUACACACAAAAGGCUGGGAAUGGGCUCGUCUGACGUGGACAUAUUCAAAAUGUACUGCCACAGCAAGCUGUGCAAUGUGCUCUUUACGCAUGAGCUGGCCAAGAGACUGAAGGGGACGAACGUGACCUGCUACAGCCUACACCCAGGAUCGGUGAGGUCGGAGAUUGGUCGGACAAUGAAUUCCUGGUACAUGCUUAUUGCGAAAUACCUCAUGCAGAUGUUCUUCCAGACGGAUGCCAUGUCAGGCUCUCAAACCACGCUGUACUGCGCUCUACAGGAGGGCAUCGAGCCCCUGAGCGGUCGCUACUUCUCAGACUGCAAGGUCCGAGAAGUGAAGCCAGAGGCCAAAGACGACGAGAUCGCCAGGAAACUGUGGGACGUCAGCGAGAGGCUCUGCGGCACGGCCUGAGCUGUCUCAAAAAAAAACACCAAUGGAGCAUAAGCAUGCACCUCCUGCAGUGAAUGUUACUAGCCAUGAAGCAUUGCUCAAGCUCUGUGCUUUUUACUUGAUAUAAUGCUAAAAUGAAAAUGGGUUAACUUGUGUCCAUACUGGAAAAAAAUGUUUUGUUCCAGACACUGUAGAUAUCUAAAUUGAGUAACAAAGUACAAGUACCAUCAUGUACUGAUACUAUGUAUGGAAAAUAUAUUUUGUAAUCAAUAAACAAGGACAUUGAUGCUAA